AUGAUCAGCUGAGGGAACAGCGAGAGCUGGGCAGCUUCAGUUACAGCUCACUGACAACCGGCUGCUACAAUGAUGGAGGAGGAGGAACUGGAGUUUGUAGAGGAUUUGGACGCUAUUUUACAUCUUUCUCCAGAAGUGCAGCUGGCCAUAGAACAUGUUUUCCCCAGUCAAGAUCCUCUUGAUCGACCAGAUUUCAAUGCUGUUGAAUACAUCAACACUUUGUUUCCCACUGAGCAGUCUCUUGCAAACAUAGAUGAAGUGGUCAACAAGAUUCGACUGAAAAUCAGACGGCUGGAUGAUAACAUCAGGACGGUGGUGAGGGGGCAAACGAAUGUGGGACAGGAUGGCAGACAGGCUCUGGAGGAGGCGCAGAAAGCCAUCCAACAACUGUUUGGAAAAAUCAAAGACAUCAAGGACAAAGCAGAGAAAUCGGAGCAAAUGGUAAAAGAGAUCACUCGGGACAUCAAACAGCUGGACCAUGCCAAGCGUCACCUGACAACCUCCAUCACAACACUAAAUCACCUGCACAUGUUGGCUGGCGGUGUAGACACCCUGGAAGCAAUGACACGCAAGAGACAGUAUGGGGAGGUGGCCAACCUGCUGCAGGGAGUGGUCAAUGUGCUUGAGCAUUUCCAGAAGUAUAUGGGCAUCCCUCAGAUACGUCAGCUCUCUGAGAGGGUGAAAGCAGCACAGAGUGAGCUAGGCACUCAGAUACUGGCUGAUUUUGAGGAGGCUUUCCCUUCACAGGGGUCAAAGAGACCUGGAGGCCCCAGCAUGGUGCUCAGAGAUGCCUGUCUGGUGGCAAAUGUUCUAGACCCUCGCAUUAAGCAAGAAAUAAUCAAGAAGUUCAUCAGGCAACACCUCUCAGAGUAUCUUGUCCUUUUUCAAGAGAACCAGGAUGUGGCGUGGUUGGAUAAGAUUGACCGGCGCUACGCAUGGAUUAAGCGUCAGCUUGUGGACUAUGAAGAAAAGUACGGGCGCAUGUUUCCCGAGGAGUGGUGCAUGACUGAGCGUAUCGCUGUGGAGUUUUGCCAUAUCACAAGGACAGAGCUGGCGAAGUUGAUGCGAGCCCGUGCCAGGGAGAUUGAGGUCAAGCUCCUUCUCUUUGCUAUUCAGAGGACCACCAAUUUCGAGGGGCUGCUGGCUAAGCGUUUCUCAGGCAGCACCUUGACUGACGUCCCGGGGAAAAAACCCGAGACGCCCCUGGAGCCCACUAACCCUUUUCUAGAAGAUGAAUCAGAGGACAAUGUAUCAGAGAAGGAUGAAGAUCUAGACAGGCCAAAGAAGCCCAAGGCCCCAGAGAAUCCGUUCCAUGGCAUUAUUUCCAAAUGCUUCGAGCCUCAUCUCUACGUCUACAUAGAAUCACAGGACAAGAAUCUGGGGGAGCUGAUUGACCGCUUUGUGGCCGAUUUCCGAGCGCAAGGUCCCCCCAAGUCAGGCACAGAGGAAGGGGGUGCCGUUCUACCCAGCUGUGCUGAUCUCUUCGUCUACUAUAAGAAGUGCAUGGUGCAAUGCUCUCAGCUUAGUACAGGCGAGCCCAUGAUAGCCCUCACCACUAUCUUCCAGAAGUACCUGCGCGAGUAUGCUUGGAAGAUCCUCUCUGGAAACCUGCCCAAGACAAGCAGUAACAGCGGAGGUCUGACCAUCAGCAGUCUGCUGAAGGAAAAAGAAGGUUCGGAAGUGGCCAAGUUCACCACAGAGGAGCUCUGUCUCAUUUGCAGUAUCCUCAGCACAGCCGAAUACUGCCUUGCUACCACACAACAGCUUGAAGAGAAACUAAAGGAGAAGGUGGACAAAUCUCUCAUAGAAAGGAUCAACCUAACAGGAGAAAUGGACACCUUUAGCACUGUGAUCUCAAACAGCAUCCAGCUUUUGGUUCAGGAUCUGGACGCUGCAUGUGACCCAGCCCUCACAGCCAUGAGCAAGAUGCCAUGGCAGAGUGUAGAACAUGUGGGUGACCAGAGUCCCUAUGUCACAUCUGUCAUCAUGCACAUCAAACAGAAUGUACCCAUCAUCAGAGACAACCUCGCUGCUGCCCGCAAAUACUUCACCCAGUUCUGCAUCAAGUUCACCAACUCCUUCAUUCCAAAGUUUAUCAAUCACUUGUUCAGAUGUAAACCCAUCAGCAUGGUUGGAGCUGAGCAGCUUCUACUGGACACACACUCCCUCAAGACUGUUCUGCUAGACCUUCCUUCAAUCGGCUCUCAGGUGCUCCGCAAAGCUCCGGCGAGCUACACUAAAAUAGUGGUCAAGGGGAUGACCCGUGCGGAGAUGAUUCUAAAGGUGGUUAUGGCUCCACAUGAGCCACCAGUGGUCUUUGUGGAUAACUACAUCAAGCUUCUUGCUGAUGGCAACCCUGAGACGUUUCAGAAGAUUCUAGACAUGAAGGGACUGAAGCGCAGUGAGCAGAACAGUAUGCUGGAGCUCUUCAGACAGAGGUUACCCACUCCACCCUCCGGGCCAGAUGGAGGACCCUCUCUGUCUUUCAGCGCUCCCACCCCUGAGCAGGAGUCCUCACGCAUCCGCAAACUGGAGAAGCUCAUCAAAAAAAGAAUCCAGUGAUCUCAAUGUGGACUGAUUCACCACUCAAUAUGCGUUCAGAGAUCAAAGUGGUGUUAUACACCCUUAUGUAAAAUGUGGUAAACGAGGACGUGCCUGUCCUGAUACAAAUCAGCUGUCUCAUAUCAGUAAAGUCAAAAAUAAGAGUUCUCCAUCCAUGCAUUAAUGUGAACCUCAUGAUAUGAAGGCUGUUAGAUUGUGAUGAAAUUUCCACCAAUGCAUUGCUGGCAUGAGUGAGUCAUUUACCACUGUGUUUUUAUGUGAAGCUUUCUUUUUUAGAACACUAAUGCUCAGGCUCGCCAUAGUGGCCGUAGCGUCAUUUACGUUGCACAUUUCUCUGAAAUAUGUUUGCACUUAAAGUAAAAUGGAUGGCAGAAUCUGCUCGAAGUUGCCUGCUGCUACUUUGGCACAGAUUCUUCCGGCCUGCCGAGUCUGAACAUGAAAUUGAUUUAAGGGCAGUGCUUUCAUUGAAUGUCCCCCUCAUUAUUACAGUAAACGGUUGCUGGAGCUGCAGAAUGGGUGUGUGGGGGACAUAGUGCGUACAAAACUUGUAAAAGGUCUUUGGGCUCAGCAGCAGUGGAGCUCCAGGCAGUCUGUGCCAGAGAGGAACCUAGGAUUUCCUCCAAUUGUGUCCAAUUUUCUCCAAAUUGGACACAAACCAGCUGCCUUGUUUUUAAUGUAGAUAAUUCAUAUACGGAAUGCAUGCAUUUUUGGUUUGUGGUUGAAAAAAUUAAAAAAGGGUGACAUGAAUGAAAACCUGUGAUAAACCAUGCCUAGGAUUGAAUUUGGUAUUUGUUCUUUAGCCAAACAUUUAGUUUUUUUUUUUUUUGAUGGGGGAAUGAAAAUUACAGUGAGUCCCUAGAUUACGAUCGGAUCACUCAAAUCAGAUUCAGAGGUGGUCAGCAAUGGCUUAUGUCGACAUUUAUCACAAAUAUACACAGAAUGGGUUUUCAGUGAUCAGAUUUAGCCAAGCUAAUAGAAAUAAAAUAAUAGAAAGAAUUUGAUCAAAACAUGUGCAGGUACUAUCCAAAAACAAAACAUGUUCUUUGAGAUUUUUGUCUUAGUAUCAACAGACUUUAAGUACAGUAUUUUCCGGAACAUCUUAAAGUAUAUUGUAUUGUUAUUAUAAGGGCCUCAUGAAGAUGACUUAUAGAGUAACAGCUGAUGAUAUCAAUUGUCAUGUUUAUCUAAAGAGAAAGAAGAGUUUAAUUUACUGUCCUCACUGUCUGUAAUUGCUUUGCUGUUGAUGCAUACAUGUCUGUAGAUUGAUUGUAGAUUGUUUAUGCGAUGUGUGAGAGGCCUGGGCUUCUGACUUUGAAGUUCUGCUUAUGAUUAUAUCAAUGAUUAUUCAGUCUGAUGUGUAUAUACAUUCCUGCCUACUGUUAAUAGAAAUGCAACUUUUAUACUAUAAAUCACUCCUAAUAUAAGUGCUAUAAUUCUGUCAAUAAAAUGUGCAGCAUUGGAAGAAAAAAUGGAA